ACAAUCAGCUGAGCGUUUCUUUUCUGUCUUAUCGACUAAUCCUUUGUUCAUUGUUGUGAAGUAAUAUAAAAGGUUUUUUUUCAAAUUCACAGUAAAUUUUUUGAUUUAUCAUUGGAGUAAUGACAGUUUAUUAAACUAUACGGAUAAAAAUAAAUGGGUAUUGAAGAUAUAUUUUUAUGGUAUCAGCACAAGAUUGGUACUUAUGAUAAGCAGUUAUGGGAAACGAAGAUAGAACAAAGAGAACAGAGAAUAUACAGCUUGAAUCAUGUUCAAAUGAGAAGUGGUAAACCCAAUACAGAGUUGAUUGAUCUAGAUUUGGUUAGAGGAUCUUCCUUUACAAAAGCCAAACCUCAGCAGGGUUUCAUGAAAGUGGCUAAAUUAGCUACGUUCAGAUGUUUGUUUCUUCCCUUUUAUGGAAAGUGGUGGUUACACCAAACCUCACGGAGAUUUUUUGUUCUGGCUUUGUCCUUGUAUUUAACCCAAAUCAUAAAUGCCGCAAUAUAUUAUAAUUAUUGCCUUAAAUAUUCAUCACAGGCUGAGGCAGUUUCUUGUAUGGAGAUCUUUGUUCCUUUACUUAUGGCGUGGAUACUUACUCUCAUUCAUUCACAAAUGGUUGCCACUAUCCCUGAUAAGCAAGAUAAUAGGAGGAGGAGAAGUGGAAAGAAAUUGCAGUUUAAAGAUUUGCCUGAAUCCCUGAGAACAGAGUCUGGAAGGAGGUUCUCCCGAUCCAAAACACAAGGAAUUGGUGCCUUUAAUUUGCAGUUUAAUUCUUAUCUAGUAAGACAGAAAUAUAGAUUAAAUCUCAGGCCUUGGUUUAAACAUGCUAAUGUUGAUGAUGAUGGUUUUGAAAGUCUUAAUGGAAGUGGUUCAAGAGCCAGCGAAGAAGAAAUUGUUCCUACUGAAACUAGUCAUACAGAUAAAGUCCAGACUGAUUCCCAAGAUUCUCAUUCUGAUACAAAACCAUCUCAUAUAGAUGUAGAAGAAAUAAAAACUGAGGAAAAAGAAGAGCAACAAAAUGCUGACAGCUUAGAUGGAAGCUGUCUACACUGCAAAAAAGGAGAUCAGAAGGAUGAGCUUAAUGAUGAACCAUCACCCAAUUGCACAUCAUGUAAGAAAUGUGAACAAUGGGUUCAACAGCUAGAAGACGUCAGAACACCAAAAGUAUGCUCCACUGAUACAGAAAGCGAAGGAGAGACAUGUUUUAAUUACAAGAAACAAUCACUGUCCAAAAGACGCAGUUCAGCCCAUCAUUUACCUACUAUAGCAGUUACAUCUGUAUUGGACAGUACUUGCGAUACAGAAAAUGAAGCACUUUCAUCUCCGCGGGAUUGGGCUGCUGGAGUCACCACUAAUAGUGAAGAUUGCAGUAGUGACUUGGAUGAUGUAUCUGAUGCCCCACCUGCAGAACGUUGUUCUGACUGUUUCUGGUUGGAUGGUGACACAAAUAUCCUUUUGAAUCCUCCAUCUGUUAAAGCAACCUGCACAAUAUGGGAGCGGAAUGAAAUAAAAAAAGCUGACCUGACGAUGCUGGACAUCAGUUCUGCAAUCAUAGCCAAGGUUGACACUACCCUAAUGACGUCCGAUUAUUUCUACGCUGGCAUUGUUGUAUCGGCAAUGCUGGCGUUGUUGCCGUGCUUUUGCCAAUUGUCAGAAGACACUUCAGAAGUGAAUCAGUUUAUAGAUAUGUGGCGCAACGUCAGUAGCCAAUUUGUAAUGUCAGCGUCGCCGUUGACUGCAUUAACUAUCAUUGCAGAAGAACUGCCGUCGAGGAUGACUCAGUUGAGUAAUGUGGCAUGGGGAUCUACAAAUUUAGAAAGGGCGAUAAUAGUAAUUGCAAUGAUUGAAAGAUUUAUAUUAGCGUGCAUUGUAUUUUUCUUGUUGGCGGUCGCAGAAAGAACAUUUAAACAACGUUUACUCUAUGCGAAACUAUUUUCACACUUGACAUCUUCUCGGCGAGCAAGAAAGUCAGGUAUUCCUCAUUUCAGGCUCAAUAAGGUUAGAAAUAUCAAGACAUGGCUUUCUGUCCGGUCAUAUUUAAAAAAGCGAGGUCCACAACGAUCUGUAGACGUGAUAGUUUCUUCAGCAUUUGUAGUUGCUCUAUUGCUUUUAGGAUUCUUAUGCGCGGAAGUACUAAAGGAAACAGUAUCAUUUUCGCAGUAUUACUUGGAGGCCAUAGUGUGGUGUUUAGCAUUGGGGAUUAUGCUUUUACGGUUUAUGACACUCGGUAUCAAAAUUAACAAGAAGUACAGAAACUUGUCAGUACUUAUUACUGAACAGAUUAAUUUGCAUGUGCAGAUGGAACAGAAACCACAUAAGAAAGAAGAAUUAACAGUUGCAAAUAAUGUACUGAAGCUGGCCAUUGACUUGCUAAAGGAAUUGGAGAAUCCCUUCAAGAUAUCUGGUUUUUCGGCCAAUCCGAUACUUUACAAUGUUACCAAAUUGGUAAUACUUUCAGCCCUAUCUGGUGUCUUAUCGGAAAUGCUGGGAUUUAAGUUGAAACUCCACAAAAUCAAAAUUAAGUAAUCUUGUGAUGUUUUUUAGUGAAAUUAAAGUGCAAAUGUUAGUGAUAAUAACUUGUGAUUGUAGCUUAGAUAUAUGUAUUGAUUUGAAGCUAGAUCAACUUUUUAACUUUACUUGAUUGUAUUUUUCGAAAUUAAUAGCAUUAAAGACAUUUUUGUUUUGA